GAUUUAAAAUUCCCUCUUUCUUUGUUUACAGUCCGACCAGAUGAGGUACUACCCGAGCCAACUCUACGCAUCAUGGCGCGGUCGACGGUGUACAACGUCGGUGAAACCAAAGCCAUCUUCUGUAAAGGAGAAAAUCUCGUAGAACCUAUUCAAUGGUACUCCCCCUCGGGCAAGUUAGUCGAGGAGCGAUCUACCAAGAAUAGUCGAGUGUUCGUGGAACGGAAGACGGAAGACAAUGGAGUCCUAGUGCCCCUCAUCAUCCAUCGCAUCAAGAUCAGCGAUGGAGGCAACUGGACCUGCAAAGCCGGGAACCUGAGUGAAACGAAGGAGUUUAUAGUCGGAGAAAAAGUAAACAUCACCGAUAGAAACGUCACUCUCGAGGGAGAGGAGGGAAAAUCUGUGAAGUUGACUUGCGAGGCCAACGGCUACCCUCUUCCAGUCGUCGUGUGGUACAAGGAUAAGCAUCAAAUUAGGGAUAAGGAAGACCCCAAGAAGUACACCAUCAAGCCAGACAACACCUUAGAGAUCAAGAAAUUGAACCACGCCGACGUUGGCCUUUAUGUGUGCAAAGUGAGACAAAAGGCUCUGUCACACUACACUGAGAAGACUGUUCAUCUGUCUGUUCAACAUAAACCAAUUUUGUACAACAGUGAUACACAGAUGAUUUACACAAACACAAAAUACAAGACUGAAGAGGUUUACGCAAUUUUGGGUGACACCAAAAACGUGACUUGCAGUGCCAUUGCAAACCCACCUCCUACCUACAAGUGGUUCAAAAGGAACAACGGUUACGAUGACGAUGCCAUCACGGACUCUGAUACGGUGAUCACUUCCGAAGAUGGAACCAACUCCGUGCUUGUAUUAAGAAUUCGAGACGAAUCCUACUAUGGUGAAUACAGGUGUUCUGCAACUAAUGACAAGGGUUCCGAAUCCAUCAUCUUCCACGUGAACCCUGGCUCCAAGCCUCUACCACCAGAUACCGUCCAACUGGCAGGGGCUAACACAACCAGUCUAACCUUCAACGUCACCUGCUCAUCCUGCAACUUUGCUACUCCAGAUGAAGUGCCCGAAUCACCCGACCCGAAAAACCUCACUGUUAUUGGCUACAUUUUCCAGCUUGCUCCUCUUAAGCAAGGUUAUCCAGCUGACUGGGAUGGUGCACCCGAAUUCCGUGUUGACAUCGAAAGCGCUAACAAUACUCUGUUCACGUUAGGACCUCUAUCAAACAGCACAGUAUUCCACGUUCGUGUGCGUACGCGCAACGCCGCUGGUAACUCUGAAUGGUUGGAAGCAGGGAAUGCAGCGACCACUGAUGACGCUAUCAGGCUCGCUGCCAGUUUACUCCUCAUCACCGUGACCAUAUGCAUGCGUAUCUUUGGUCCUUUUUAA